AUGCCGAAAGAAUACAGCACCAUCAGAAUCUUCGCGGACCUGUCAGCAGAUACGCUGCAGUUCAGGAAGUCAAUGUCGCCGAUCACCUCCAUUCUACGUGAGCACAACCUGAGCUACCGAUGGGGAUUCCCUGCUAAGCUUUUGAUCUCCCAUCAAGGAGUGAUACAUUCUAUUACCAACCUGAAGCAAGGUAUCCAGAAAAUGGGUGACUGGGGGCUCCCUACGCCGACACCAGAACCAGCUAAGACAACAGCGAUGCCAAGGAAGUCGCCAGAGUGGACUGUAAAAUGA